GUUCCAAAGCUGGUCUCUAUGAAAAGGGUCAUCAAAUCUCGGUAAAAUUAAGAAAGCGAUCUUACACCGACUUAUUGGCGUAUGAGGCCGCAUCUGACCAAUCCCCAGAUCGGUCGAAAAACUUAAUCGAUUACCGAAACAAAUACGAGAGAAUUAAACAUAAACGGCCCCCCAAAUUCGAUGACGACCAUAGGCAUAUCUAAACGGACACGAAUUGGACAAUGGAACGUUAGAACUCUGAGAGAACCAUCUAGAUUAGCACAGUUUGCGGCGGAGAUGAAGAGACUUCAUAUUGAAAUAGCUGGAAUCAGUGAGAUGAGGUGGUCUGGUAGUGAGAAAACAACAACAUCAAAUAGCAAUCUAGUCCUACACAGGAGCAGCAAUGACGGCAGCAGAUACGGGGUGGGGAUUUACGUGUCCGAGCGCAUAAAAAACACACUGCACUCCUCGGAACCCAUUUCUGAUAGACUCAAGAAAGCCAGAUUCAGAUGUAGAGCUAGACAUAUAAACAUCAUACAAUGCUAUGCCCUGACGGAAGACGCCAAAGAUGACACCAAGGACGACUUCUACAUUGCCUUUACAGCAACCCUCAGUAAGACACGGCAAGGUGACAUUAACAUCCUCGUGCGUGAUUUUUAUGCGAAAGAAGGCCCCAACAACACCGGACUAAGAUCUGUCAUGGGCCAACAAGGAACUGGGACUCGCAAUGACAACGAAGAGAGAUUAGCGGAACUCUGCCAGCUAUUCCAACUGGUCAUCGGCGGCACAAUAUUCCCACACAAAGAUGUCCACAAAUACUCCUGGACAUCUCCUAGUGGUAACACGCGCAACCUGAUCGGCCACAUUUGCAUUAGCACGAAAUGGAGACACUCAUUACUGGACGUACGGAACAAAAGACAGUCAUCAUGAGUUGGUUAUUGGAGAACUUGAAAUAAAGUUAAACCGCAACUACUCAAGAAACACUGAUACCAGCCAACACCGACGAGCGCCCCCAUUGAACCUGAAUGAUGUCCACAUUGCGGGAACAGAUGAUCCCCCUAGAAGACCACCCAUGGGAGCACACCUGCAGACAGCUAAGGACCGCAGCUGAGAAAAUAAUUGGGCUGCAACAACGCGGAAGAGCAGACUGGAUAUCUGAAGGGACCUGGGACCUGAUUAGAAGAAGGAACAAUCUGAAGCCUCUGGCGGACCAGCUCACACAAAAUCGUGAUCAAUAUCGCGAACUGUGCAGAGCUGUGAAAAGAGCGCCCAGAAAGGACAAACGAGCGCUAUUGGAUAGACUUGCGACAGACGCAGAACGAGCAGCCGGCGAAACAACAUGCGCUCGUUAUACCAGUAGAUUGCACGGAUUGCCGGAACCCACCACAGACGGAACCAGAGACCUAGAAGGCAGCCUUUUAUCCAAUGAUGAUGCACAGAUCCGGAGGUGGCGCCAACACUUCAUGGGAAUUAGCCACACCACAUCACCAAACGUGGCUACGGACUAUAAAAGCAUUGCGCCACCAAGUGGGAAUGACGGCUGAUACGCUGCAUCCACAUUUCGCAGCCAUAUAGGACUCCUGGAAAAGCGGAAUCAUAGUAAAGCUCCCCAAGAAAGGCAGUCAGCGACUGCAACCACUGGAGAGGAAUAAUACUGCUCAACACCAGCUAUAAAAUCCUAGCUACACUGCUUACCGGAAUCCAGGAAAAAAUUGAGCCAACAAUCCGAGACGAACAGGCAGGCUUCAGACCACACAGGAGUUGCGAAGUUGCUUUACCUUCUUAUAAUACUGCUCAACACCAGCUAUAAAAUAAUAGCUACACUGCUUAACGGAAUCCAGGAAAAAAUUGAGCCAACAAUCCGAGACGAACAGGCAGGCUUCAGACCACACAGGAGUUGCGAAGUUGCUUCAAGAAGGCGUUCCACUCAGUUGAAAGGGCAACAAUAUGGCGAUCACUUGCAAGGAAAGGAGUACCUGCGAACCUCAUCGCUAUCAUCAAAUCGAUGUAUGACGAUGCCAACUUGGCGGUACUGCACAACGGAAAAACAAGUAAACCUUUCCAGACGAACAUCGAAAUUCGGAAAGGAUGGCCGCUAUCACCUCUACUCUUCAACAUCGUGGUCGACGAGUUAAUGAACGAAGUAUGCUCGUCCAAGCGCGGAAUUACGUGGAGCCUCACCAGACACCUUGAGGACUUGGACUAUGCAGACGACAUCUGUCUUAUCUCUCACAGACUCGGCGACAUACAGAGGAAAACUGAUAACCUCGUCAGAAUAGGCAGCAGCCUUCACUAACAGACAGCACAAAACAGAGUUAGAUGGAAGGCUUUCGUAGAAGCCCUAAGUUCCCGAGAGAAAUAAGAAGGAAAUAAAAAAAAAAUAUUGUGGCUACUUAAUCGAAUGGUACUAAAAUUACCUUUCAUUAAAAAAAUUAUGAAAAUAUCUCAACUGGUUCAGAGUUAUGAUUUUUGUAACCCUAAAGUAUCUAAAACGCCACUGUGCGUCGUUUUGCGACAUAAAAAUGUCACGCUGUUCGCAUCAGUAGUAAUGUUUCCAGAAUUUUCCGCAGUCAUGGCAACAGCAAAAACAAAUUCGGUUAUUCCGUUAUUUGGUUUUGUACGCGCUCAAAUAUUACUCUUUUUGAAUAUGAAAACUUGCGUAACCA